AUGGAGGGGACAAAGGUAGUGACACUGAAACCAACGGAAGCAACUCCAUCAACUUUCAAGGACUACGGCCAGGUCGUCGAGGCUUCGCCGGAUGGCCAAGAAUUCGGUCCCCAUGACGCCCAACUCGAACUUUCCCGAGGAACUCCCAGGUUCUACAUUAUGCAUCUUGAGAAUCGCCCGCUCAGGUUCUCUAGCAUUACACAUCAUACAAACGUGACUCAGUGCCUCGGGUCUGUUGGUGGCCAUGCUUGGUAUCUUGGAGUGGCAAAGGCAUCCGUUGUUGAUUCAAAUGAAAUAAAGGAUGAAAAUGGCAAGAAGAUUGUGCAGUCCCAUUCCGGUCAUUCAUAUGUGCCUCCUGACAUUGAGGAUGUCCAAGUUUUCAAGGUUGCAGGUUCCAAAUUUCUUAAGCUUAACCAGGGAACAUGGCAUGCUGGUCCUCUAUUUAAGGGAGAUGCAAUGGACUUUUACAAUCUAGAGCUCAGCAAUACAAACGUGAUUGAUCAUACCACACACAACUUUAAGAAGGACAAUGGAGUGGUCUUUUUAAUUGAUGAGUAA